AUGGUAGACCGAAUCUUUCUCCCUCCCAUCUUCGACGUCAUGAUCGACAAUGCUCUCCGAGAUGGAUCCCAUGAAGCACUUCAUUCGAUCGUCAGUAUCGAGAAGCUUGGAGCCAUGGGGCCUGCGGGAAUGGAGCUUAUGUCCUGGACAUGGACGAAAGCCAAGUCUGCAGCCGCAAAGAAAGCGUAUGCUCCGAAUCACCACUCAGACUAUGUUGGAAUGCUGCAUACACCUGCUGGAACCAGCAACAUGGGAGCUCGGGGGAUUAUGGACAACCUCUGCAGUGGUUGUAUCCAUUGUUUCCGCUUUCUUGUAGGGAAGGAUAUCAUCUCAACAACCGGAUUUGACGACCUGGGACAAGGGUACAUGUAUGUUGCAUCUUUCCUGGAUUAUCGUGACAUCGUCAACUUUCUUGCAACCAAGAUUCCAUUGGAAUGGGUUUUUUAUCCCCAAGACCGCCUCCGCACUACCCAGACGCCUUUUAGCAUUUCCUUGAAGUCUGAGGAAUCGAUGUGGAUUAUGCUGGACCGAAUUGCUGAGUUACCCUCGCAGCAGCAUCCUGGAUAUCGGCUUCGUAGAUGGAUUGAAGACGUACAGCUUGUUCAAAUGGCGAGUUGGAUGAAUCCUGAAGCCGCUUACAAGCUGCUCAGUUGGGGUAUCAACUUCGGGUCUGGGACGGAUGCCCUUCUAGGGACCGUAUGGACCAGCCUUAUCACGACGAAGAACCCACACCGGGUAGCGAUGCUGGAAUGGCUGGAUGAUAACUCUUCCCCGUUCCUCAUAGGGGCCCCGAUCGUACCGCUGAUAAAUCAGACCGUAUACAACAACCCGUCCGAGCGGCGCUUCCAUGAGCUCCCUCCUGGGCAUUGGCCACCGUGGGGCGUUGCGAUGGCCAUGGGAGACAAAGAAUCUGCUUUUACUCUUGCAGCUUUGCCCAGGACCAACCGCCUUAUGCGGUGUGGUUUGGGUAGUGAUUCCAUGUACCGUCAUCAAGAACUCGGAUAUGCCGCAAUUUAUAACGUCAAAGAGGAACAUAUUGAGCUCCUGGAUGAUUGGCUAGAGAAAGCUUCCACCGACCUUGAGCUCCUGGAUCGAUUUCAUGGAGUCACCCACAUGAUCGAAGAUCUUUUGUACAGGGUCUUGUACUUCCGAAGUCAAAUCUGGAGGAAAUGGCCACGCUGGGUCUGCUCUGGCGAACGGCCAACUUUGCCCUUGCCCACUUCAUUGCUACAGAAGAAGAGAAAGGAAACGUCACAUAAGAUCGAUGUGGCUUUUCGCAUGAUUCACUUGAUUCUUCGAAAGGCUUUUCCGGGGUCCGCAAACCAAGGUCAAAGGGUACCGUACUUUGACGGAAUAAUGAGCGAUCCUCGUCAACGAGAAAAGAAGAGAAGGAUCGUGAAGGACUCGGAGCGUGUUGCGUUAUGGAACGUGUUGCGUGAUGGAACAUGCGUGAUGAAGCGUGUUGCGUGA